AUGUUUGCUCUUCAGAUGAUCAUGCAGCUCCUAGCAAUUGCCAUAUUACUCUUUACAAGUGUGUUUGCAGACCCCAUCAAGCGCAACGAUAAUGAGGUUACACCUGUCGCAAUUCCUGGUCUCUUUGGACUCUUUACCUCUGUUGCCACGUCUGCUUUGACUACUGGUGAACUUGUAAGUCAGAUCUUGUUGACUGGUUUUCUUCGAUUUUCCAGAGAGGGGCCUCGAUGUUCUCGAGCUCGAGGAUCACCUGCACUUGAUUCUUUAAUGUAA